AUGUCAGCAACAACAGAAGAGAAGAAGUUUCUGAUCACUCCAAUCAAUUUAUCCGAUCUAGAUACUUCACCAGGUGCCCAUGCAAAUCAUACAUACGAGGGAAGUGAUCCAGAAGAGGCAGAAGAUGUUGAGAUACACCUUCCGAAUGAUACGCAGAGUCUAUGUGUUUCAACUGGAAGAGGAGAUGAUGAAGGGAGAUCUGUUACACCAAAUAAUAUGGCUUAUGAAUUCAUACCAUUAAUAUACAGUGAACCUGCACUAUUCAAUAUGCCAGAUAUUGCAUACAGUCUUCAUAAAUCAUUUGCUGCGAGUGAUACAUUACUUCCCCAUAUGAGAGUUGUUGCUGAUGAAAUGAGAAACACCUCUGCAUCGGUAACAGCUGAACCAGAACAAUCAGUAUCUCAUGCUCCAAGUGUGUUGACUGUAACUGCUCCAGAAGAUCGAACUAUGUAUCAGUCGGAUAUUUCCAUGUACGGUCGACAAGGUCACAAACCUUCGUUUUCCACUCGAGAAAUUCGAGAACAACAUCAAAAAGUUCAACAAAUUUAUCGAGAUGUAAAUAAAAAAGAGAGAAAAGAAGGAAAACCGACUGAUCCGAUUGACUUCGAAGGCAUUCUGAAUAUAAUCGGAGGAUGCCGUUGGUGGCAGAUUUGGAUUUAUGUUCUGAUUGCAUUACAACAGAUUCCUCACGCAAUGUUCAAUCUGAAUGUCGUUUAUAUGAUGUAUGAUCCGGAAUUUCAAUGCAUGGUUCCUGGGUUCAAUGACACAAAUGACACAACAAUUGCCACUCAUGGACGAUAUCUCUGGGGUGUUGAUGACAUCAAAAAUAUCUCAUUUGUUUUUCCAAAUGCAAAUUCUAAUGGUGCUUAUCAAAGAGACUCGUGUUAUUUUUAUGAGAGGACCGAAGAAAGAUACCGUCAAUUACGAAGAAUGCCUCUAGACGUGGCAAUGAGAGAAGCCUGGAGAGAUGUUGCACCGAAGAAAAAGUGUCAAUCUUAUCACUUUGAGAAAGAUGUUAUGGUGGAAACAAUCGUAACAGAUUUUAAUCUGGUUUGUGACAGUUGGUUUGCAAAAGGACACGCACAUAUGUUCUAUUCAAUUGGAUAUUUAUUGGGAUGUGUUCUUGGAGGAAUCGCAAGUGAUAGAAUCGGAAGAAAACCAACAAUAAUUGGUUUUGGAAUACUCUCAUCAAUGCUUGGUGUCUUCCUUCCGUUCAGUGACUACUAUCCGUUUUUCCUCUUUGUUCGAUUACUUUCUGCUAUUUGCAAUGAAGCAGCUGAUUUAGCAGCUUACACUUUAUGCAUGGAAAUAACAGGUACAAAAUAUCGUGCGAUGGUUGGUUCAAUGCUUCAAGCGCCUUGGGCUCUUGGAUAUGCUCUUCUGGCUCUGAUAGCUUAUUUAACAAAGAGUUGGAAGACUAUUCAGUUGAUUGCCGCAGGAAUCCACUUUGUAUCCAUCAUUUUCAUUUGCUCAAUACCUGAAUCUCCUCGAUGGUUGAUGGUUCAGAAUAGGGUAUCAGAAGCUGAAGAAGUGAUUCGGAAGGCUUGUCGAGAUCCUCCAUUCCCAUUCAAUAUGUGUACCACAUCGAAGUGUGGAAAUCUUCCAUCAGAUCUGGAAUUAGUAUCUCAUCGAGAGAGGAAGCUUAACAAGAAGAAUGGCGGUAAAAUAGGUUUCCUGGAUCUAUUCACGAUGAAAGAACUUCGGUACCGAACCAUCUCAAUUUGUAUUGUAUUCAUGGCAACAGCUCUCGUUUAUUACGGUCUUGUGAUGGCUCUCUCGGAUCAAUCUGCUCCUGGAAGAACUCUUUUCACUGGAUAUUUCCAUUUGAACAACGGAAUCGCUGGAGCCAUCGAAAUUCCAACACUUUUUGCAUGUGUUUGGAUGAUGCAGUUAGGAAGGAAAAAAGCUUUAAUGCUGACAUUAACAGCUUCUGGAGUCUUCAUUUUGAUAGCAAUGGUAUCAAUGAUAUCGGGAAGAUAUAUGUAUGCAUUGGCAUUCAUGUAUUUUGGAAAGAUUGCAGUACAAGGAGCAUUUAAUAUUCUCUAUAUAUUCACUAGUGAAUUAUAUCCAACUGUUGUUCGAAAUACAGCAGUUGGUGUCACUUCAAUGGUCGCUCGAUUUGGUUCAGGACUCUCUUCUUACAUUGCUCUUCUUUCCAAUAUUUCUCUUCCUAUCGUUCCUAUGAUCAUAUUUGCUCUCUUCUCAUUAUUCGCUGGAAUGUUGGUUUUCGUUUUGCCAGAGACCAGUGAAAAACCACUGCCAGAAACGAUAGACGAUGCCAUCAACUUCCUUGAGCCUACCAAACAAGUUCACUGUAUGAUGGGUCGAUUUGGAGUGUUUGGACAUCAUAAAAUGACAAAAAGCAUCAGUUUGACUGAGAAUCCAAGUGGAAAUGACAUUUCAGAUAUCAAACCAUUGAGUCGUCGAUCUUCAGCAAUCACAAGAAGAAUGGCUGAAAGAGCAAGUGUUAUUUAUUCAAGAAAUGCAAGUCGAACAAAUUCAAUAGUUCAAGAUAUCCAAGAUAUUCAAAUUCCAUCGGACCUCAAAUUGCCCGAUUUGGUAUCCACAGACGAGUAA